CCCCUGCCAAAAUCUCAUCUCAUCUCAUCGACCACACCUGCAUCAUCAAUCUGCCUACAUAUCGAUCGAUUGAUCUCCUGGUUAAUUAGCUAACUAAAUUUCCCCGUACGUACGUACACAAGAUGUUCGGCCACCACAAGAACGAGGAGAAGAUGGCAGCAGCCGGGGCGGCGCCCAAGGACGCCGGCGACUAUCGCAAGGAGGAGAAGCACCACAAGCACAUGGAGCAGAUCGCCAAGCUCGGCGCCGCCGCCGCCGGAGCAUACGCCAUGCAUGAGAAGAAGCAGGCGAAGAAGGACCCGGAGCACGCGCGGUCGCACAAGAUGAAGGAAGGGAUCGCCGCCGCCGUCGCCGUCGGCAGCGCCGGAUUCGCCCUCCACGAGCACCACGAGAAGAAGGAAGCCAAGAAGCACCGCCGCCAUGCCCACCACCACCACUAAUCCAUCCCAUCCAUUCGUGCAUUGCUACCUUUAAGCAUCUUGCAUGUUGAUGUCUCGUGUGUAUAUAUUAUUAGCCCAUCGAGAUAUAUACCUCUCCGUCGUCAUCGUAUGUGCUAUAUAUGUGUAUAUACUUGUUAUUUGUUCGUUAGUUUGUCAUCGCUGAGUGCAUAGCUCUCGUUCUUGUAGUAUAGUUUGUAUGUACAAAAUAAAUAAGAGAAUACAUAUUAUGUUCUCAUUGUCAGGGUAUUCA